AUGUGCGGUAUCAUUGGGCUAGUUCAAGCGGCCGAUUGUGAGGCUCGAGGGGCACUGCCAAUUUUGGCUGCUGAUGGAUUGACUGCUCUACAACAUCGCGGUACCGAAUCGGCUGGUCUUGUCGGCUCGGGUGGAGUUGAUCGUCAUGCUUUUGAUAUUGUGAAAGGACAUGGUCUUGUUAGAGAAAUUUUCACACAUGAAGCUAUCUCUCGAUUAGAUGAUGCUGUAAUUGUCAUGGGUCACAAUCGUUAUUCGACAGCUGGCAAGAAACGGCCGACAAUCAAUUGUGUGCAACCAUUCGUGGUUUACACAGCAAUUGGCACCAUAGCCAUUGCACAUAAUGGAGAACUCGUUGGAGCCGAAUCGAAAAGAAAUGAGGCCUUACAUCAAGGUGUUGGACUAUCGACGGAUACCGACUCAGAGCUUAUUGCACAGAUGGUAGCCAAAGCCGUGGCUCUCAACUACAAAUGUCGAGUGAAUGGCGAUCAAUGGGGUGAUAUAAGCAAAGAACUUGCUGUCACCAUGUCAGCUUUCAAAACGUCAUAUUCACUGCUCGUGAUGACCUACGAUCGACUAUACGCAAUACGAGAUCCGUGGGGAAAUCGACCACUCUGCGUUGGCACAAUCUACUCGAGUCGUGAGCCGAGAAAUGGAACCAGUCAAUAUGCGCUUGGAUACGUGGCCGCUUCCGAGUCUUGUGCUCUUCCACCAUCAGCGAGAAUCGAUAUGGAGGUGAAACCGGGAGAAAUCGUUGAGAUUAGUCGACGUGGAAUUCGAAGUGUUUAUCAAAUGAAACCCCACAACCCAUCAGCUUUUUGCAUUUUCGAGUAUGUUUAUUUUGCGAGAGGAGACACGAUUUUGGAAGGACAACAAGUGCAAUCGGUUCGCGAGGAGACUGGCCGAAUUCUAGCCAGAGAAGCGCCAAUCGAUGCAGAUAUUGUGAGCAAUGUGCCGGAUAGCUCAACAGCAGCGGCAAUCGGUUACGCGGAACAGUCCGGAAUCCCAUAUGAGCCGUCUUUACAUCGGAAUAGCUAUGUUGGCCGAUCUUUCAUCCAACCCAACACUGAGCUAAGACAAUCGGCGAUUUUGCGAAAGUUUGGAGUGCUGAAGAACAAUGUAAGAGAUCGACGCAUUGUUUUGGUCGAUGAUUCGAUAGUCCGUGGAAAUACAAUGGGAAUCAUCGUCAAAAUGCUUUGGGACGCUGGGGCGAAAGAGGUACAUCUCCGAAUCGCUUCCCCACCAUUGAAAUACCCAUGUUUCAUGGGAAUCAACAUCCCAUCAUCGAAAGAGCUUAUUGCGGCGAAUAAAACUUUGGAAGAGAUGGAGGAGAUGCUCGGCGUCACUUCACUGCGAUACUUAUCUGUUGAUGGAUUGAAAGAGGCUGUCUCGAAAAGACUCCACUCUGAACCCGGAUUUGAGCCUGGCCAUUGCACCGCCUGUUUAACUGGAAACUAUCCCGUAAAAUUGGACUUC